AUGGCUCAAAGCGGACCAUCAGAUAAUCGGCGUCGCCCACGCCCACCAGAGUUAAACCUUCCCGAUAUGCAACAAAGAAGAAUACCAACCUCAGUUGCAUCUGCAGGGUUUGUCAUGCCUCCUACGAGUGGGUCUUCUGGUCAUUCCAUGCCACCAGGAGCUGUUGGGUCUUCAACUCGAGACCGUCCACCUAUUAACAACUACAACCAUCUAACAGAACAAGCACUCUUACGCUCUGCAGCUAGAGAGCAUCAGCCUCACCUACAUCCAAAGAAAGCCAAUGGUGCUUUGUGGUUUGGAGUGGACCCUAGUGUUCAUAAAUUCAUCCGAACAACUUGGCAAGCUUACUACUGGGGGCCAUGGUCUAGCUGGAAGUUUGUUCCAGAGGAGAGGAGAACAAGUUGGUGGCACACUUUCAUUCAAAACUAUUACUGGGAAGAGAAGCACCAUGAUGAAGUGUACAACCGCUGGAAGAUUCACACACAGCAUACUGUAUGUCAGAAGAUCAGCAGGAAGAAGAGAGAUAAUGAGAAGCCAAAGUACAUCAGUGAGGAGGACUGGUCUAUCCUCCUAGCCAAUUGGGCAACUCAAAAAGCUAAGGAUAAGAGCACAAAGGCUGCUAAGUCACGCACUUCAGCUCCUCCUGGCAAGAAGAUGUCUAAGCACUUUGCUGGACCAAAUAACUUUGCUAAGCUUGAGUACGAUAUGAUGGUUGAGGGUGGAUUGGACGAGCCACCAUCUUUCAUUGACCUUGUGCGCAAGACACACACUCGCAAGGAUGGUUCAUUCAUUGAUGAACGUGCUGAGGCUCUUGUCUUAGAGGUGGAGGAUGUUGUGGACUCUAUGAUACUCGAUGAGGACUCUCCCAAUGAUGUCAGCCCAACUGCUUCAACUGCUACAACUGCUCCUUCAAGGCGGUUCCUCCUUGAUCAAGAAUUUCUCAAGCUUGCUAAGACAAGCAAAGGGCGUGUAUAUGGGAUUGGUAGUGUCCAGUUCAGAGACUAUGAACCACCUCAGUCAGUCCCAGCAUCUCUUAAACGCAGCUUAGACAUCGACUUGCGCGUAUCUGGAAUAGAGACAAAUGCUGAACAUGUGCAGACCGCUGUGGAACUUCUCAAGACUGAUAUGACAACUCUCAAAGGAGAUUUUUUAGCCUUCAAGACUGAGUUCCAGCAGGAGAUGGCUGCAACAAGAAGCUCCCUUAAUGUCAUUCUACAGGCUCUUGGUGCUCUUGGUGCUGUUUCUCCUCAAGUGAACCAACCUGACAAUGCCUCAACUCCUUAG